UUCUCAAACUCUUGUCGGGAUUAGAUAAAGAGGAUUAGGGCCGGGAACGCGCCAAGUUAGGUGCUACCGCUGUAACAUGUUUGCUCCUGUUGACUAAACAUGUUUGCCACGCGGUGUUCUUUAUACAGAUAAAUCCAAGGUUUACCCCGGAGUCCGCGUCAAGACUACCGUCAGAGAGCUGCUGCAGAGGCACCGUGCCCGCGAGGCCAACAGAAAAAAUGCUAAAACGGUAGAUACCCCCCCACACACACACAACACCCAAACGCACGCACAACCAAUUAGCCGCUCCUCUGAUAAAUGAUUGAUGGCCCCCGACAUCAUCAUGUAACGGCUCCUUAUAACGAUUAAUCACAACAUACAAACAUAUAUUUAGACAAAGAUGGUUAAAUUGUCUGCACCAGUAUUAACUUCUGCUUUCCUCCCUGCGUCUUCCGAUGAACAGAUCAUAUCCCAGGCGCGUUUGGAUCUGCAAAAACUUUCUGCGUCACUCUAUCCAACUGCUCCUGCUCCAAUUCCUGAUGUCAGCACCCUCCAGGUGCCUUACCCUGCCUCAUACCCUGUCCACGAGUGCCUGAGCUCCAACCAGACACAGGACCUGAACACUUAUAACAACAACUUUCAACACCAGCUCUGGGAUGCCGUGCAGCCUAGCAACAGUGGUCCCAGCAACCACCUCCAGCAUAUGUACCAGCAACAUCCACAGCAACACCACAGUGGACAAAACUACCAGAGUUCAGGCCUGCCACCAUCUUGGAACCAUGGAUUGUCAUCAGAUGCAGACUACUAUGGGCCUGGCAUGACUUCUUGUUCACCUGCUGAUUGUCUAAAGAUAUGCAGCCCUGAUGAUCACAACAGCUAUUCACCUCACAACUCCUUCUCCUCCUCUUCUUCCACCUCUUUGUCGUCCUGCUACGAUUCACCCAGUCGCUUGGAGUCUAGUUUCUUCAGCCCAGAGCCCUAUACAUAUACCCAGCACUAUCUGUCCCAGGACUCUUACAAUGUGGCCCAUUUGCAGCAGGAGGCCUUUUCCAACUCUGAAUAUGCUCCAUACUACAACUCCAUGGACUAUGUGUACCCAUGCAUUGAUGAGAGCUUCUACAAGAGAGACCUGACAGCUGAAAUAUACAACACGCUAUGAUGCCAGCAGUAUUGACCCUGUGUUUGUAAAUAAUGUCCAUGUAAAAAAAGUUUCAACAGAUUGUAUGUACAUAUCAGCUUGUGCUUGUAAUUGCCCUCUACUUUGGUUGGGAGAGAUUGUGACAAAUCCUUAAUGGAUGUAAUUCAAGUUUUGGUAUUUUUAUAUCAAUAUUAUUUUU